AUGGCUGGGCGGAAGUUUGUCGGAUUCUGUCGAGCGCCGACUGUCACUGAGGAAGUGUAUAUUGCAGAAGUUGACUUGGAGGACUUUGAGGAAUACUCUUCCGGUGGCUAUCACCCCACCGUUAUCGGUGAUACCUUUUGCGAUGGCCGCUACGAACUUGUCCAUAAGCUCGGUUUUGGUGGUUACUCGACAAUCUGGCUCGCCAAAGAUAAGCAGCUGCAACGAUAUGUCUCGUUGAAAAUCCUCAUCGCAAAUGAAUUUUCGAAGAGCACCGAGGCCAAGAUCCUGCCCAGGUCGAAAUUCAUCCCCCGCUUGCUUGACGAGUUUUCGACCGACAGCCCCAACGGCCACCACGUCUGUUUGGAGGACUCCAGCGACUUUAUGUUUCAGGUUGAAACAGCAAGGUCCAUUGCCGCUCAGCUCAUCAAGGGACUGUCAUACCUACACUCUCAGGGAGUAUGCCAUGAUUUGCAUGUUCGAAAUUUUCUCAUAUGUGGUACUGACAUCGACCACCUCGACCCUCUCGACUUUUACCGACGCUACCGUCUAGAUAUGACCCCGGUCAGGAGAGUUGAUGGUACAGCUGUGGGACCUCACGCGCCACCAUAUGCGGUAUAUCCAUUGCAUAUUAAGACGCCCGCCAACUCGCUCGUGAAUCCUGUCAUUCGCAUCUCGGAUUUUGGCACCUCCUUUGUAGUCGCCGAGGAACCGAACCCAGCACUGCACACUCCCGACCCCUAUCGCCCCCCGGAAGCGUUCUUCAACGAACCGAUUACGCUCGCAGCAGACAUCUGGACUCUCAGAGUCAACCUCUACGAAAUCCUGGGCGAGCGGUGUCUGUUCGAAACAUUUUUCUGGGACCGAGAUGACAUCAUCGCCGAAAUUGUCAAUACGCUUGGUCUGCUACCGAAACGAUGGUGGGAGAAAUGGGAAGCACGGGGCGAGUUCUUCGAGGCAGAUGGAUCAUGGCGGAAAGGCGGCAUCACGCGCAUCUUCACGCCAAAAUUCCGCAGGCUGCAUCAGAGGAUGUGGGAUAUGGGCCGCGGUGAGACGCCCAAGACCUGCCAGUGGGAUGUGGAAGGCGGCGAGAUGCGGGCUUUGGAGGAGUUGUUGCGGGGGAUGAUGGCCUUUGAGCCCAGCGAGAGGCUCACGGCCGAGGAAGUCCACCAAUGGCCCGACUCAAACCCCACCAUCUACCUCGCCCUCGCCCUCUCUACGGUUUCGGACAUCGGGCCAGGCCAGAACCAGCAGCCCCUCCUCCCUAUCAUCGCCAUAGCCAUCACCAUCCAGCUGUCACCAUCACCGGCAUCAUCGUUAUCAACUCGAUCGCCCUCCUGA